CCAGCCAAUGAGACCUCAAGGCCGGGACUUGGGACCAGCCUGAGGCGGGCGUAGUCAGAUGCGCGCAGCACCGCCCCUUCCGCUCCAGGAGAUCAGCCAAUGAGGGCCAGAGGCCCGCUCCGGGAGCGGGUCUGGUAACGGAAAGGGGAGGGGCGUCAUUCUGAGGAGCCGCCUCAAGCCUCAGGCUAAGGAGGAGGGCAGCCGAGCCGGAACCCAAGCGCCGGCGAGCUGGAGAUGGCUGAUUCUGACCCUGGUGAAAGAAACUAUGACAACAUGCUGAAAAUGCUGUCAGACCUGAAUAAAGACUUGGAAAAGCUAUUGGAAGAGAUGGAAAAAAUCUCAGUGCAGGCCACGUGGAUGGCCUACGACAUGGUGGUGAUGCGCACCAACCCCACACUGGCGGAGUCCAUGCGGCGGCUGGAGGACGCCUUCCUCAACUGCAAGGAGGAGGUGGGGAAGAAGUGGCAGGAGCUGCUCGAUGAGACGGCACAAGCGCAGUAGGCCCCCGCCC